AUUACGCGUUCCUGGCAACUUUCUGUUUGAAGAAUAUUAUCAGUUUGAUUGGAAUGAAUCGGUAAAUACCCUUGACUGUCCAGAAAACCUAGAAGAGUAUGGGCAUUUACAAUUCAGCACAGUUAUAAUUUAUAUUUGUAGUUGCCGCAAUGACGGGACAGAUAACUGAAGAGGAAUUCCUCAAACUUCGACAUGACUCAGAACUCCGCCUUCAAACAUUCUACGAUCAUUGGCCAGCCUCAAAAGACUACCUCAGCAAGGAAGAGUUUCUGCGACAGGGAUUUUACUGUGUGGGGCAAGGAGAUCGAGUCAGAUGUACCUACUGCCGUGGCAACCUCAGUGAUUGGGAGCCCAGCGAUGACAUUCUGUUAGAACACAAAAAGCACUUUUCCAAAUGUCCAUUUAUUGUAUCUCCGUACAAGUAUCCGGAAUUUCGAGACUUUUGUAGUCGCCUGGAGUCAUUCAGCGAUUGGCCAACUCAGUUUUCACAGAAAAAGGAAGAUCUUGCUCAGGCUGGAAUGUUCUACCUGGGCAAAGGAGAUCAGACUAAAUGUUUUUGGUGUGGUGGUAUUCUUGCUGACUGGGAACCAGGUGAUGAACCAGUUUCUGAACACAGGAAGUGGUUCAAGCAUUGCCAGUGGUUGGAAGUCAUCAAGUCCGAACCAUUCUUUGUCAAAGCGCUGGAAAGAGAGAAAGCAAGUAAAGAAAAGGCUAAAACAAACACAUGUAAGGUUCCUGCUCAAGAAACAUGUUCACCAGAGGAGCUGGCCAAACAAAUUGGUUUCUCUUCUGAAGUUAUUGACAAAGCAGCUAAAAAAUGUGGUGCUGCUUUUGAUGUAGAAACUCUAGUCAAAGCCAUUCUAGAUUUAGGAGAAAUGAAAACAGAAGAGGUUGUUCAAAUUAGAUCAGAAAAAGAUUUAGACAUGAAAUGCUUGAAUAAGUCUGCAGAGUCUUUUGAUCCCAGCUGCAAAAUUUGUUUUGAUGCCAACUUCAACACCGUUUUCCUGCCUUGCGGACAUUUGCUGUGUUGUGAGGACUGUGCGAAAACAAUUCGGACCUGCCCGAUGUGUAGAUCUACCGUCGAUUCAGCCAAGAAGGUCUUCCUGCAGUGAAUGAAGUUCAAGUGCACUGCUUAUAUCAUACACGUAAAUUCGUGACUGUAUAAUUAUAAACAAUGCAUAGGGUUUACAAGAGAAUUAUUGUUUAUACUCAGAAAGAGUCAAUUGACAGAAAUUUUUAUUUACGAAGGAAGAAAUUUCGGAAAUUUUUAUGUCUUGGUUGAGUCCUGCAAACCUGUUAUUAUUUAAACAUAUUUGCUGUGCUGAUGUCAGCAGAAUUUUAUUCAUGACUUUGUGCUCUGACAAAAUUAAGCUCAACACAAUAAAAUACAAUUUGACAUAAAAGAAAACAUAAUUUAGUAUAUUACCUAAUUUAUAAACAGAAAUCAAAACUAUCUACCUUUUAUCAAUCAAUUGAUAGACAGUUCACAAAGUAAAUGACUUCCUAAGCACUUCCAAAGCUCAAGUUAAAUAUGUAUUAUCAGUACUAAUACUUUGUUGCAAGAACAUAAACUCAUUAGGCAUGCAAAAUGGUAUUUACAAAAUUAUACAUAUUGACUGCCUUUUUACUAUGAGAAUGCUAAUUUAGAAAUAUUUUACAAUUAUUUUAUACAAUUGUUGCUAAUAGUCUUAGAAAUGCUUAAAAUAGUUUACAUGUGUUGACAAAGUUUUUUAAUAUUUAUUUUUAUCAAAAUUAUUUGAAUAUUACUCUCAGUUUGACAUGAAAUUGUACUGAAUAAUCAAAAAAAUUAUAUCAAUAGAAAUUUGGGUUUUUUUGUUUCCAUUUAAACUGACAUCAUAAUAAACAAUAAUGACAAACUUUAUGAAUAUUGUAGAAACUCCAUAAUUUCACAUUGUACCGGUGAUAUUUUCAUUUCCAAUACACAUAUUUCAAAAGUUAGGGUAACCGUUGUUAUUUUGAAAAAAUAAAUAUAUACAUAUCUCCAAUGAAAAAUAUUGCUUACCCGGUAGGCUAAAAAUUUAAUCAUUAUUAAUCAUAUGGAUACAUUUAUUUUUGUUUACUUGUUAUCGAUACUUUCAUUUUUUGAAAAAUUCUAUCUCUCUCUGUCUCUUUCUUUUACAUAUAUGUAUUAAAAUAAUUGAAAUAUUCAGCUGUCAGCAAGAGAUUAAUUGCAUGCAGCCUGUGUGUGUGUGUGUGAUUUUUAAUUGUUUUUUUUUUUUGAGCUACCGAUAAUUUAUUUAUUGUAAAAGGCAUUACAUGUUUUAACUAUUGUAUGAUUCACAUUUUAUACACAAUAUUUAUAUUGUGAUAUUGUUGUUGAUAUUUAUAUGUAUACUUUCCAUGGUUGUGUAUAUAUUAUUUACCUUGACUUGUGUGUUUUAAAAGUUGGUUUGUAAAUAAUAAUCAGGUACUUAGUAACUAGGUUUGCCAGUUUUUAUAUGAAUAAAUCUAUAACCAAGGAAAAGUUUUCAUGAGGAAGUUUUACAACAAUUUUUAAAAAUUUAAUUUAAAAAUUUAUUUAAUUUAAAAAUUUAUCACAAUGUGAUGAGAGAUAUAUAAUUGUAUGAGCAAAUUAUUGCAUGGUUUCUUUGCUUCUGUUGAGAAAAAAAUUCAGUGUGAAUGAUUUGUUCACUAAGGUUGUAAAUUUUGUGAAAUUAUACUCCCUUAAAAUAUUCAGGUUUUACAGUACAUAUAUAGUUGUGCUUUUGUAUUUCUUUUAUACAAUUAGUUGAUGUGUUCAUUAAAAAAAUUUAAGUAAUUUUCAUUCCA